GCAACGCAUCAGAAAGACCCGUAAAAAGAAGAAGAGAUCAAACAUCUCCGAAUCUUCGCAGAUUCGGAAGCACCAGCAGCAAACAAUCGCACAAAACAUGCGAUACUCUAUUGCUGCAGCCGAAAAGCAGCAGGAGUAGUGGUGUAGUGGAGGGGGGGUGCGUGUGUGGUGUAAUGAUUUAGCCCACUGGAGACAUCAACAACCUUGUGUGUUGCGGACUAGUGUAUGGUGUCUGCUGCUGCUGCUGCUGCUGCUGCUGGUGAAACCCCAGUCUUGAGACUCCAGUGGCGGGCCGAAGAACUCAUCAUCGUCACCUCCUCAAUCGAUGAGAACAUGUUCUGCACGUUGGGCCGUGUCCCGGUGAUUGCGUGACGGGCCUAUUUGCAUCGCGUGCGUGCACUGGGCAGCCAGUCGUUCCGGAGCCACCGGAGCACCAGUGUGUGGAGCUAAAUUACGCGAGCAAGAUAAUAAUAUUAACCCGCUGCGAUAAGCAACGGCAAAGACGCAAAACAUAGACAUUGAUAAACAGACGCACACACGUGCGCGCAGGUCCUUGUGGUAUCUGAUUGAUCUGAGGAAGGACUACUCCUCUGCUUGCUGGCCAGUUCAUGCUGCAUACCCUCGGCCCAAAACCACACUAAAAGGGACCUGCGCAGUGUCAACGGGUGCUAGGGAAUCCUCGAUGGUAUACGUAGUACCCGCGCGUUACCAAUUAUCGUAUGUUCCGCCCGCUCCCAUCCACUACAGAGAACUACGGAGCAGCAAAACCACACAAAGGAGAAGAACCACCGACAGCAACAACGAAAAACAUAACAAAAAAGAAAAGAAAGUGAUCAUCUCUUCCUCCCAGCUGCGAGCACAACUGCCCGGUGCCAAGGUAGCUCUCCUGGCGCCUGGCCGUGGGCGCGGAACACAGCGGGACCACAUGAAGUGUUGGCCGUGACCGGUCGGUGGCCAGUUCGACACACACGCGCACACACAUCGUGCAGCACGCCACACGGGCCACCGUUGCCGAGAAGCGAGUGCAAAUGAGAGAAACUCGAAGGAGAAACGGAGGGAAAAGUUAAGCGAAACUCGAGCAGAAAGUGGACCGCGGAGGAAAGUGCGCCCCAGUGGGCGGUGUGUUUUGUGUUGCUCGGUCCAACACGCCAACCAACCAACCUCGCCCUCGCGAACGACGAACGGAGCAAAUCCAACGGGCCCCCCCCACAACAAGCUACCCAGCGCGGCUAGCCGGCCUCCGGUUCCGGCUACGGUAUGGGCGACCAAACGCCAACGCCGGAGAGUGAGGAGUUUCCCGGCAGGCUGCUGCACCAGGCCGCUCUCUGGGACAACGUGGAGCUGCUCGAGGAUCUGCUGCAGGAGGAGGUGCAUCUGAUCGACUGCCUGGACUCGUGGGGCCGUGCACCUAUCCAUGCGGCCGCCAUUACGGCGGACUCACGCUGCCUGCCCAUGCUGCUCAAUGCCGGUGCCAAUGUGAACGCAACGUCUGGGCCCCGGUGCGACCACAAGACUGCCCUUCACCUGAGUGCCGAACACGGGCACAUUAGCAACAUCCGGGUGCUACUGGACGCGGGCGCCUCCUUCAUAGCAAAGGACCGCAACGGGCUGACACCACUCGAUCUGGCGGAACGCGGCGAACACGAAGCGUGCGUCGAACUGCUGAAAGAGGCGGCCGAUACGCGGGAGCAGAUCCGAAGCCAGAAGCAUCGGGCACUCAGGGAAGCGGUUUCGGCGACCGACGAAUCUGCCGUACAGCUGCUACUCGAGAGUGUCGGUCCGGAGCGGGAACUGAUCGUCAACAUGACACCGGGCGGUGCAAACACGCUGCUCUUCCUUGCCGCGCAGUCGGGUUCGGAGCGUAUCGUAAGAUUGCUGCUGGCCGCGGGUGCCGAUGGUCGAGCGCACGCCGUCACGCGUUACUCCCCACUGUACACUGCCGUCCACAAUGGCCACACGAAGGUGGCCACUGUGUUGCUGGAGCACUUUCCGGAGCUGGUGCAGCAGGUGACGGUCGAGCGGUGGCUACCGUUCCAUGCGGCCUGCAUCAACGGUCACUGCGCGGUGGUGCAGUUGCUGAUCGGCUACCCGUACGGUGAGCACCUCCUGUCGUCAUACCGGGAUCCGAGCGGUGAGCUCGAGUGGCGUCUACCAUUCGACCCGAACGCACAAGAUGUCGCCGGCCAAACAGCACUGUACGUGGGCUGUCUGCUCGGCAAUCCACAGCUGGUCGCGAUACUGCUUGGCUGGCGGGUACGCUGUAUCCGCCACAAACCGUCAGUACCGUCGGCGACGCCGGUACUGGAAGGAAUGGAGACACCGACGAGCAGCAGCACGGCGGGGGCACCGGCAUUACCGGCAAAUCCGCUAAGCCCUACCGGUCGAAAGAUAGCGUCCGGGCUACAGGCAAUCAUGUCCCGGCUGAGCCUUGGUAGCCGGGCCGAUUCGAAUGACGGCGCCGAGGACGGUGCUACGAGCGACUGUGAGCUGCGCUGUCCCC